UGAUCUAAACACUAUGCAAUAGGUAGCAAGGGUCUCCGUGAUAAAUGGGACGCAAUAUGGAAAAAGUUCAAUAGAAACAGUAUUUAAAAACCAAGAUAGUAGUACUGAGCUCGCUGCUUCUGCGCCUGCCAUUUCCCUGAAACCUGCAGAUCAGGGGCCUGCAAAUUUAUCAAUACAAAAAGCGUGCUUAUUACAGUUGAGAUCUGAAGGCAAAUGAACAGUCAGAAGGAAAAUUCUGCGACAUGCGAGACUGACAGCAUCGAAGGCCAUAGUGCUCUGUCUUUAGAUCCUUUAUUCCACUCUUGGACAGUUUGCAGCACAAAGGAGCCACUGAAUGUAAGCAUUCCAAAUCUGCAGGCAUCACCUGGUAACCUUUCAAUGGAGGAUUCUUUGGUACGCAAUGGUUCAUUCUUCAUCAAUCCAAUUGCCUUUCCAGAGGUGAAAACAUGGCAGCCAGAGAUCAUCCCUUCAACUGCUGGUUUCUGUCAAAUGGAACAACUGCCUUCAGUUGCUAGAUCACGUAAGGUAUCUGUCAUGGCUUCUCAAUCAGGCCUUCCUUUUGGCAGCCAUCCUUGUCAUGCAAGCAGAACGAACCUAAGCUUGUCAUCAAUUGAUAAGUUUCAAGCAGGUUUGGCUUGUCAACCCUGUUGCCUUCCGGGUGUUAUCACUGAGGGAAAUGGUGCACCAUAUGUGAAACAGACGAACCUGGAACCACUAGUAGGGAAGAGUAAUACAGAAGAAAACAUAAACAUGGGCUGGAAGCGGCACCUUGAAGCUAAGGAUAAUGAGCAUGAGGUUAAUCAUCGCCUAAAGGAGGCAGCCUACCCCCUCUGGUAUGAGCAGUCAAUGGAAGCCACAGAUACAUCAGUGUCUAGAUCUAAACCUGUGCCAUCUGGUAUUGGAUCAACAAACAAAGUUCGCAUCCGGUGGACUCAAGAACUGCAUGAGGAAUUCGUCAAAGCAGUCAACCGUCUUGGUGGCGCAGAAAAAGCAACUCCAAAGGAGAUACUGAAACUGAUGAAUUUGGACGGUUUGACGAUAUUCCACAUCAAAAGUCAUUUACAGAAAUAUCGCUCAGCAAAGCAAGCUCCAAGUUUCAUUGAAGGCAAAAAUCACAGAAACAGAAUAGACGCCCCAUCGGUUGACCUGAAAAGCAGAAUGCACAUUACUGAAGCCUUGCAUUUGCAAAUGGAGGUUCAAAAGAGUUUGCAUGAACAAUUAGAGGAUCUCGCUUGCAAAUGGUUGUAUGAUAUGCAAUCAGGAAGCAAAGACCAUUAAUCAUCUAUUUGUUAAGUGUAAGAUCACAUGGCUAGUCUGGAAAAAGGUUGCAGGUUCGUUUAAUGUUUCAAUUAAGAGGUCUACAACUCUUAAAACGUUGCUGCUGCUGUGGUGGAAGAAGCGAUUUAAAUUGAAAUGGGUCAGAACAUGCUGAAGACUAUCUUUUCCCAUGAUAAUAUGGAAUACUUGGAAGCAACAAAAUGCUAUCUUCCAAGAAGGGGAUAAGGUAAACAAUGACCUGUUCAGAAAUUUGCAGAGAGACAUUAAGAUUCUAAUGUGUGAGCUGGAAUGGAGACCAGAGGUUAACCGGGAUAUGCUUAUGUGGUUUUCCACUGGAAUAAGGCCCGAGCCAUGGCCAUCUUUUGGUGGGGCAGACUUCUUAAUUCAGUCAAAAUCUGCGUUGGCACCUUAAAGUGGCAACAAUAUGGUCUUCAUAGUUCGUAGUCCCCAGAGACGAUUCCUGCAUGUGGGAAUUCGUCAUGUGAGAGGAAGUGAUGAAUCGGAAGCGGCGCAGUUCAUGAAGGAGACGGCCAAUCUGAUUGGUGAAAGACAAUGUGAUGUGUGCUUCAUUGCGGGUCCAAGGCAGCGGAGAUUUGAGCGCAAAAGAGGUGUUAGGCGAAUUCGAUGCAGAGGUUAUGGUUUCAAGAAGGACUGCUCUACUGGCAGAUGUCUUUUUUCGAGAUAGUAACACAACAACGGAAACGGUGGGUUUGCUAUUGCGCAAAUCUUUCCUGAUUUCUUUUCUGUUGUCGAAAAAUUUCGAUGAUUCUUGGAGGCUGGAGCCCUCUAGCCUGAUGUGUUAAGGCUGUUUUAGGGUUUCCAUGGCCUUGUUCUCUUCUUCUUUUUUCCAGCGAUUCUUUUAUUCUUUUGGAAUAAUGAGAAGGGAGCAAACUCCCCCCAGCAUUGCGUCGGAAUACACUAUUGUCUUGAUGAAAACUGUCGACCAUCUGUAUCUCAACGUGCACCAAGGAAAUGUCCCCGGAGGUAAAAGAGAGAGCCAGCCUAUAAAAGUUUGCCUAUUUUAGUAGAACUCAAACAAAAAUGAUAACGACAAUAAUUUUUAUUUAGUCAUCAUCAUCUCGAUGAACGUCCUUUCUUUCUAUCUUCAUCUUUCAAUCCUCCGGCGUGAAAGGUUAACUUUGGGUUUUGCAUGGGGUUAAGCUUUAAGGAAAUUGCUUCCGCUUCUCACAUCUAGGAAGUGAUUUUUUCGCUUUGAAAGAGAGAAGAAAUUGCAUGGCUCGUGUCACAUAGCCGCAUUCAGACAAACCAAUCGAACUAAUGCUCCAUCGCUGCCAUUGAAGCCCAAUUUUUACAUGUAAACUAGACGAAUCAAAUUCGGUAAUCACUACAUAAAAGCCAGCAAAUUGAGAGAGAGAGAGAGA